GAAAGGUGUGCUUUUAACUUGUGAAAUAUGAACGGGCUAGGUUUUUUCCCCCUUCAAUAUAUGAACAGAAAACACGAUACAGGCUUUGAGCUGUAGGAAUGAUCUUUCAUCACGCCGUGUCCUUCAACAGCGAUAAGAUAUCAAGCGCCCUCAUUCCAGCCCAUCGUAACAAGUCCCCAGUCACGGUAAUACAGCUAUGAAGAUCUGUCUCGUUAUUCUGUGUAUCGGAUUCGCCAGUGCCCAGCACGGACACGGACAUAAUGGCGGAAGUUAUCAUCCAGAUUCGCAGACUCACAUCGACACUGAGAUUGAGAAUAUGAACGUCCACUUCGGGAAGCAUCAAUGUCUGGAUCUCCUCUUAGUGGACUGUCAGCAUCACGUGACAAAUGGAGACGAGAUGAUCUGUGGCAGUAAUGGAGUGACCUAUGACAACCAUUGUAAGUACGUCCAUGCGGCCUGUAUGUUCGUUCAUCUAACAGUCGCACACACUGGGGCAUGUUCCUCCACCACCGUCGCCGCAGGAUCCACCUCAGCCCCCGCAGGAACCACCGCCGGAAACAACAUGGGGAGUGCCGCCACCGGUGCACAGACCACUAUGGCUGGCAGUACUCAACCCACCUCACCCCCCACCACCACCUUAAGUCCGGAGGUCAUUGCCUUCCAGAAUGUGUUCUGCAGAAAUAAGGAUUCCAUAAUGUGUCCCUCCGUAGUGACCCCUCUGUGUGGGUCCGACGGAACCGUUUAUAACAGCAGUUGUCACCUGUCAAAGGCUCGCUGUGAUAACCAUGACCUACACACCGUGGACGGAAGCACGUGUGGACUGACCACGCCCGUCUCUGUGGCUCCUAUUGUAGGAUAGACUCAUUAAAACAUCCGAUUUAUAUCCA